UUAUUCCUCCAUCAAACGAGGAUGCAGUGGUUUUGGUUUCGUGCUCAAAAUGUAAUGAAAAGAUCCAUUUAAAGUCUUGUUUAAAUCGUUUUAAAUUGCUCACUGUGCUGUAAGUAAUGUGUAAAGUGGAUUGCAACACGAUUUCCGUGUCCAAUUGGAAGCAAACUGCAGCUGGAUUCGUUCAUACCGGCACGCUCUUCGCACCCAUCCGGCAACGUAAACAAUAAACCCUUGAAGCAGCAAGCGACACGCAAAUUUCACACAGGAAGACGCGCAUAAUAGCCGUGGACGGAUUUCGUGACUGCGCGGGCAAACUAUGAUGCACUACAAGAAGGGCAAGAACGUGGAGGAGGAACUGUCGCAGGAGCAGAUUCCGAUCGAGGUGCUGCCUGCGAACUUUCUCUGGAUGCACGUGAAGGGCGGCUCGGAGGUGAAGAAUCUGGUCGACUAUGCGAAGAAAGCGCUGGAGGAGGGAACACACCGGUCGGUCGUGUGGAGCGGCUCCGAUGGUGGUGUCGGCAAGACGAUAAGCUGUGCGGAAAUCAUGAAGCGACACUUUGAGCUGCACCAGGUGACCCGGAUCUGCUACAGGAAAGUGGAAGAGUUUUGGGACCCACAGCAGGAAGGGCUGGAGCAAAUCGUAGCCAAGCGCAACAUACCCUGCGUGCACAUUCUAAUGUCGCUGGAUGAGAUUGACCCGUCGGUGGCGGGCUAUCAGCACAGCAAGACACAGGGCGGUUUCUGGACCGGGGCGGGUCUAAGCUCGUCCGACGGUCCGCGCAAGCGGACCAAAGAGGGAGGCGAUAGGAAGGGCAACUACUUCACGGGACCUCAGCUGAAGAAAAAACCCAACCGACACUAUGAGGAAGGAAAUGGCACGCCCAGCAAUGGAGCGAAAAAGCAACAGAACAAUCAAGGCAAAGGGAAACCGCGCGGUGGCGGUGGAGGAGACGGCGCUGCUGCUGCUGCUGCUGCGGGAAGCUCAAAGUACAAGGGUAAGCAGAACAAGGAUGGCGGCAAUCGCCGAAAGCCAAACGAUUCCGAGGUGGGUGAAAAUGGUGGUGGUGGAGGGGAAGGAUCGUCCCGGCAGGAGGGUGCUGGUGGACGAAGGGAUAAAAAGCGACCAGGGCAAGGGCGCAAGGAUAAGCAAGGCGGUGUCGAGCGAAUGGAAACGAGCGAUGAUACACCGCCGGCGAGCAAACCUAGCGGGAAGGAUGAUAACGCCGGUGGAGAUGCUCAGUAAGGAUGUUGCGCAUGUAUAAAAAUGGUUAAAAAGUAUACAGACAGUUUCGGAACCUUUUUUUUUGCCUCACCAUUGAUGACUUGAAAACAUUCGUCUUUUUCGUGAAAGUAUUUGAUAAAUGGAUUUUGUUUUUUUUAUUACACCUCUAAUUCACGUAUUGUUCCUGUCGUGUGUAAUAGUGUGUAGAGCUUGAAACGAGUUUUGUUUAAUGUAGUCGCUUUACCGUAUUAGUUUUGUAAUGCUGAAACGAGCUUUUUCGUUUGUUUGUCACCUACGCGCCAUCGCUCCACCACACCACCCUGGUGGUUGGGGUCUCUCUAUUGGCAUACAUGAAUUGGUUCGAGUCCCGCUGCUAGAGUUACGUCGUUACGGGACCUUAGGAUAGCAUGAGAAAACGUGGGCAGCAGUGGCAGGAUUUCCGGUUUGAAAUGGCGAGUGUAAAGGAAUGAUCCUACGCCGGAUCUAAACGUUUCAAAACGAACGCAACACGAUUGUCUAACGAAA